AAACAUAUUUACCGCCGAUCUCAAAGGUUUUUGUUGGUUACCCUUCGUCUUCUCGGGUGGUUGAAAGGAGCUGUGAGGAUAAAUUGGAAGUGCGAUGGUGAAACACCUUUGCCUAGAAAAUUAUCAAGCAGCAGCAAACGCUGCUCUAAAAUUUUCACCACUACGCAGAGAGCUCGUAAAAGCCGUUACAACAUCAGUCAAGGAAGAACUUGAGGGCUGCCACUAGAGCCUUUUUGAAUUCCUGUCUAUCCAUAAAAGUAUAGCAUGUACAUCUAAAUGUCCAUCCAAAAUCAAAAUGGCUUCUUUAUGUCGAUCGCUCUGCUCGUAUUUACUUCCGGUCAAUGAGAUGACGUCAGAGGGUAUUGUGUAUUAUCCAAUCACUGCCGCAUCCAGAUGUUAGAUGUGUCACACGGUUCUCAGAAUGGAUUUGUGUCACGCCCUCCUUUCUCUUCUCCCCCUCCCCUAGCCCCUUAGGAAGGCCUGACACUCAGGCUAUCAAGCAAGUUGCAAUGUUUUCCCCGCGGCGAUCCCAAAAAUCUUUGCGCAAACAGAAGGAUCCGAUUACUGGCAAUUCAUUCAUUGCAAAUGCAGCACAAUAAUCUGUAAUCGCGUUCAUCACGAAGGAAAAGACGAGUACAGCAUGGAUCCAGUAGCGUUUGGAAGUCAGAACUUCAUGUGUCACUCUUGGCACAUGAUCUUGGUGGCCUACGAAAUAGCUGACAGGCUAGUGGACUUUUUCACUACUAGCAACUAUAAGGACGGAAAUAUCAUCAACAAUCCUAAGGGGAGUGUUUAUGUCGCUUUUAUGGUAGUCUUUAGCUUAGGAAUGCCCAUGACAGUCCUUCGCGUUGUUCUCUACCUUCAUAGAAUGCACCUCUACCGCAGUGGCGACGAGAGGAAAGAUAAGAUCCAUCAUGCCAUCAACAUGUUGAUGAGUUUGGCCAAAACGUUGAUCGAAGCUUUGCCCCAGGCAACAAUUGCGAAGUUUUACUUUGGCGACUAUGCACCAACGGAUUCUUCGAAAACCUUGGUUCAAACCUUCAACACCUUCUCCGUGUUUCCCUUCAUCAUGUUUAUUUAUUAUGCAGUUUACUACUUCCAUACUUACGAGAAAGAGCAGAAACGAGGAGCCCAGUUAAAACGUCGAAUUUCACAUGUGCCGAACUUAACUCAUAUUUUAGUCGACUAAAAUAGUUAAAUACGGCAUUUGAUUCAAACGUCGAAUUUAACGCUGUCGAAUUUAACUCUGAUCGCUGUCAAUAUUCCCAGGCGCACUACUUAAU